AUGAACUCGUAUGCGAUCGUUCCGCCCAACCAUGUAACACCUUCGAAUAUCUCGACCGACGUCCACAGCAAUGGUCUCGCUACUGGAUCCGCCAAACUUGCUCCUCGUCAUCCGCUUCAAAACAGAUUGGAAAACUGGCAAAGCACUCAAGAUAAAUUCAAAUUCACGAUCCAAAGAGAUUUGUAUGGCGCUGCUUUUCCGCUUCGUCAAAUGAUGGAGAGAGAUUUGAUUCAACGAAGUACCACUACUCUGCCUGGACAAUCGAAGCCUUCAAAUCUCCAUCUUGAUAUUUUGAUGGGUCGAGAUGAAUUGAUCGAUGAGUCAAACGCCUUCCUGCCUAAUAUAGCAGUCGGUGCAGAGGGAUCGAGCCACGAUAAAACCGAUUUACAUUCCCAAAUGGAAAAGAAAUACAAAAUCUGA